AUACUGCUGCUGUGAUGGACUGCUCUUGUAGCAUGCUAACAUGAGCACAGCUAAUGACUUAGCGAAAUGGGACACACAGCAACAAGACAAUCACACGUGCGACUCUAUUUGUAUAAUUACGUGUUUGUCUUGAAGUGGAAUGACGCUGAACUUCCGGGUGUUGAGCAUGUUCACCAGCCCAUCUCUGAUUUGAAGACUUGGUGACGCCACAGAAGCAAUCCACCGAAUUCCACAGCAGCGGAGUCUCAGGAGUAGAUAACAUCAAAAGGAUGGCUUCGCCGUUUGUGCCUGUCCCUGUGCCCUUUGACAGAGCCUCAUCAAAUGCUAGCAAAAAGGUGAAACGGCCACAGCGGGCUUCCUCGCUGGGAAGCGUCUCCAGCAGCUCGGCGUCUUCAUCCCCAAUAAUCACUUCCACCGUGGACGAGCAUGGAAGAAGAUGUGGAAGGUCCCCACGCCAGUCCCGGGGCAGCCGGAGCCAAACGCCACCGCCUCUUCGGGGCCCGGUAUUGCAGACGAGGGUGAAUGGGACACUUGAGCGCUCCUUGGAGUUUCCGAGCUGCCCUCGCUCUGUGUCGGAUCCUGUCGGGAACCAACAGGGAGGAGACGAGGAGAGGCCAAUCACCCCAACGGUGCUUGGAUACGAGGUUAUGGAAGAGAGGGCAAAGUUCACGGUUUAUAAGAUCCUGGUGAGAAAAACUACAGAUGAGAGCUGGGUAGUUUUCAGGAGGUACACAGACUUCUCCAGACUCAACGACAAGUUAAAAGAGAUGUUUCCUGGAUUUCGGCUUUCACUGCCCCCAAAACGGUGGUUUAAAGACAACUAUGACAGCGACUUCCUGGAAGACAGACAGUUGGGACUGCAGGCUUUUUUGCAAAACCUAGUUGCACACAAAGACAUUGCUAACUGCCAGGCAGUGAGAGAGUUUUUAUGUCUGGAUGAGCCGCCGGGGCCUUUUGACAGUUUGGAGGAAAGCAGGGCUUUCUGUGAGACUCUUGAAGAAAGCAACUACCGUCUGCAGAAGGAACUGCUGGAGAAGCAAAAAGAGAUCGUCUCGCUCAAGAGGAACCUUGAGGAGAAAGAGCAAGCCAUUCUGCUGUUGGAAAAGCAUAUAAAUGGCGAAUGUGUGAGCUCACAGUCUCCGUGCGGCCUCUCUGCUCAGGAAAGUGAGAGCAGUGCAGACGUAGAUAUGGAAUCAUCUGCUGCAGAGGCUGAUCAGGAUAUUCCCAGCAACAGCGGCGGCACAUGCGAGGUCCACCUGGGGAAAUCGUCUGCCUGUUGGUGCGGGCCUUCACUCAGCGCCUCUCCUCCUGUCAUCCAGGUCACCCAGCUUGGCCAACUGACGGAUCAUUAAGACAAGCAUCCUCUUCUGCUCUUCCUCUUUCAUUUAGAUAUGACUUUUACACCCCCUCCAUUCCUGUAAGUGGGCUCGAGUGGUAGACGUGUUUUGUUCAAAAGCUGUGAAAAGUAAGCCUCUUGGUUCUGCUACAGCCUGUUCCACUUACGCCUAUAUUGUCUCCAUAUGAAGGGUCAUGGGAGAUGUCGUCUCUUCUCGAGAAGACAUUCUGAAGGCAAUGUAAGUUUCUAUAUAAUAUCUGGAAUUGCUUACCAGCUCACACGACGUAAACGUCUCGUCUUUACCCUCCCCAUAAACCUUUAUGCCGCCUAUUUGACUUGUUUCAUCCUGCUGGUUCAAAGUCAAAGUAUUGCCUUUUGACUAAAAUAUAACAGAAAACGGAUGCUUCGAUUUUAAGUUCUUUUUUUUGUUAUGCACACACCUACUUUGCACUGCCAGUACUUGAGACACGUCACUGUUAGGAUUGUGGGGGGAACUGAAUAAAUGCUGUUAAAUGCAGGAAAGGACACUUAAUGUUGCGGUAGUGCACCACUUGAUCCCAUUAGCACCAUCUUACCCCCUUCCCCUUAAGUACGUCACUCUGCUGUAUUUGCAUCUUUAUUCAUUGUAGAUAAAUGCAACUAUAAUAUGCAAAAUGUAUUGACUUUCACAAGCAUCAAAACCAAAAUACAUCAUGUCUUGGUGGAACUAUUUUAUGCAAAAGCGAAAGCUGCGGGACUAUGCUUUUGAUAAACGCAAUGCAGCCAAAUGCAAAUUCAUCCUUCCUGUCUCCUUGUCACAUUCCAUAAUUACACGCACUUUCACAUGUCUGGUAUCAGAAACGUUUACAACACUACACAGCACCUCCUGUCAAGGUGAUUGCGAUAAGGAAGUUGACGUCGGAUCUAAAGCCGCUUUGUGACAGUAACUAUUUGGAACGAAAGUUGAAGUCAUUACUUCCUUCACUGGAAUAACUGAGCCUUAGUUUUGCUGAGUUGAGUUCAGGGGUGCCCAAAAAUGAAAAGAUGCCACUUUGAUAUUUUGCAAACCAACACUUGUAGAUAUGCUAAGAAGUUUUGAACAUGUUUUUUGUGUGUAUUAUGACUUAAUUUGCUUUCCCUGACCUAAUUUUCUUUCUAACAUAAACUAAAAAAUGAAUAUUUUGACUUUAUUCGCGUAAUUUUUUGUGCAAAUUCAAGUUGAUGUCGGAUCUAAUGCCGCUUUGUGACAAUAACUAUUUAGAACGAAAGUUGGAGUCAUUACUUCCUUAACUGGAAUAACUGAGCCUUAGUUUUGCUGAGUCAAGGUCAGGGGUGUCCAAAAAUGAAAGGAUGCCACUUUGAUAUUUUGCAAACCAACACUUGUUGAUAUGCUAAGACGUUUUGAACAUGUUUUUUUUUGUGUAUUAUGACUUAGUUCGCUUUCCCUGACCUAAUUUUCUACCUAAUUUUCUUUCUAAUGUAAACUAAAAAAAUGAAUAUUUAUUCCUGUAAAGCUGUUUUUUCGGUUUAAUCUUUCUAGUAAAUUGGCGUCUUUAUGAUUUUGUUCCCAAAAUAGUGACUUUAUUCUCGUAAUUUUUUGUGCAAAUUGAAGUUGACGUUGGAUCUAAUGCCGCUUUGUGACAGUGACUAUUUGGAACGAAAGUUGGAAUCAUUGAGCCUUAGUUUUGCUUAGUUUUGUUUUCUGGUCUUUUUUUGACCUAAUUUUCUUUCUAACGUAAACUAAAAAAAAUUAUAUUUGACUUUAUUCCUGUAAAGCUGUUUUUUUUUUCAGUUUAAUCUUUCUAGUAAAUUGUCGUCUUUAUGAUUUUGUUCCCAAAAUAUUGACUUUAUUCUCGUAAUUUUUUGUCCUAAUAUUCUUUAAUAUAUCACACAGCAACUUAUGACUUUAUUCACUUUCCCUGACAUAGUUUCUUAUACCUAAUUUUCUACCUAAUUUUCUUUAUAACGUAAUCUAAAAAAUUUGUAUUUUGACUUUAUUCCUGUAAAGCUGUUUUUUCGGUUUAAUCUUUCUAGUCAAUUGUCGUCUUUAUGAUUUUGUUCCCAAAAUAUUGACUUUAUUCUCGUAAUUUUUGCCCUAAUAUUCUUUAACAUUUCAAAAAAAAAUUGUUUAUAUUUUGACUUUAUUCUCUCUUGUACUGCUGAUUUUUCAGUUUUUCCUGCUGUUAAAUUUAACAAUAAUAACAGCCGUGAACAGGCCGCACUUUGGGCACCCCUUGGUCUGACGUUAGCUUCCCAUCCAUCUUUUCAGGAAAAAGAUAGCCUUGCUUCUUUCUAUCAGUGGGAAUAUAUUUAUAGCAUGCUUAAAAGCCAUAAUUUUAUGUGUGUUUUCACUCUAUGCGCCUAUACCUACACUUAAUAAUGAACUCUUCUAAAUAUGCCUUGGUGUGAAGCACUUUAUGGAUAAACAAUAACGCGUGCUUAAAUGUGCUUUUUUGUUCUGAUAUCAAACGUGUGCCUUUUUGGAUGACUGAAUCUCUUUCCGAACGGGAUCUAAAAUGCUAUUGUUGUAAAUGAUCCUGUUUCUGUCAUCGUCUAACGUCUUUACAUGUAUUCUAAGUGCCUUUCACGUCUUUCACAUGUUUCAUUUGGUGGUUUGUGGUUGCUUUAUAGAUGCCUAUAUAUAUAUAUGUGACGCUGUUUGGAAUAGGCUGGACCGAGAUGUUUUUAUAAUGUGGGGUGAACUUCACAUUUCUAUAUUUGGUGUGUGUGUGUGACGGGUUAAUAAAAUAUUUUUAAAAAAUCUCAAUACUGUACAUAGACUGCAGGACAUGCCGUGUAUCUGGAAGGAAUAUUUAAUUGAUACAUUUUAAGUGGAAUUAUGUAAUGUGCGCACAUAAAUGUAUACCCACAGUCAUUGUCUCAUGUUUUGAAAAGGAAGUUGUGGGUUCCUUCUAAAGCUGGAUGCUAUGAAAUUGCAAUAAAAGUCUUGAUAUAUUCAA